AUGGCGUCUCUUCCAAUGGAGUUAAUCACCUCCAUUCUUACCCGAUUACCUGCAAAAUCACUAGCUCGCUUCAAAUGCGUUUCUAAAGAUUGGAAUUCCCUACUCAAAACCUCCCAUUUCCUCAAACUUUACCUCGCUCAAUCUCUCUCCUCCAACAAUCGUCUCCUUAUUCUCAACUAUGGCAGUCACUUGGAAACGACGCCAUUAAAGCUGAACUCCGAGUUCGACCCUUCAGCUAAUGCUACUACUUACUCCAGGUUUGAUCUACCCACUUCAUUUUCUGGUUACGAGUUUUCGAUUUCUGGGUCUUGUAAUGGAUUAGUAGCUUUGAGUUGUAGAAAUGUUGAUAAUCCUCAAUUGUUUGAGAUUAUGUUAUGGAACCCAUCUACUAAUACCCAUAUCAUACUUCCUCAUCCCCCUGAUAAUGAAGAACUGGCUCCGGAUUUUAUCAAUAUCAAUUUUGGUUUUGGGUAUGCUUUUGAUAGAGAUGAUUAUAGGAUUGUGACUAUUCUUUUCGAUUACCCACUAAAUCACUACUUCGCUUCAAAUGCGUUUCCAAGGCUUGGCAUUCCUUAA